AUGUAUAUUUCCUUCCAUCCUGAAUCUAAAUCCGUCAUCAGGCUGGUGCCAUUGCAGGCGAUAGGCGGGGCGGUACCGCCCGGCGCGGGGCGGGAGGCGGGCGAGACGAGAGGGAGGGGCGCCGGCGGGCGCCGGCGCUAUCGCCCGCUCCCGCCCGCUGCCGCCGCGUUGGCGGCGAGAGCGAGGCGGGAGAGGGGCGAGAGGCGGGGCGGCGCGAUGGCGGGGUGGGGCGAGAGGGUGGCGGGCGAGAGUGGGGCGGGAGGCGGGCGUUAUGCGGGCGAGAGGCGGGCGAGAGCGGGCGAGAGUGGGGCGGGAGUGGCUAACGGCUAG